AUGACCUCCCGACUAGCGCCCAGACUACUAGCCUCUGCAUCACAGCUCCUAUCAUGCUCCAAAAUCAGACCCAUGCCACUAAUCCGACAUCAAUGUCGAAAUCGAUAUCAAUCCACCGUGUCCACCCCAGACUCCUAUAAGAUCAACGGUCUCACCUAUCCUAAAGAUACAUAUUCCAAUAUCCCUUCAUCGAUCCUAGACAAGCUAGAUCGCAACCUACAUCUCCUACCUUCUCAUCCCAUAUCAAUUCUACGUCAGAUUGUCGAAGAUCAUUUCGCAAGCUAUACCCCACUAGUACCUUCCUCAGCAGUCGUAUCGGUCCAUCAGAAUUUCGAUGAACUUGGUUUCCCACCUGAUCAUCCUGGACGAAGUCUCACGGACAGCUACUAUAUAAACAACGAGUACAUGUUGAGAACGCAUACUUCAGCGCAUGAAGUUGAAAGUUAUAAAAAAGGAUUAGAUAAAUGGUUAUUAUCUGCUGAUGUCUAUCGUCGAGAUGAAAUUGAUUCCAGUCAUUAUCCAGUAUUUCAUCAGAUGGAAGGUACUCAUAUAUGGCAGAACGACGACCUACAUACUCUCCCUGCACUAAAUGCAGAACUAGAAGAAAGGUUGAAAGAGUGUAAUAUCCUUAUAGAAGAUGAAACGACAAUAUCACCUUCUAAUCCUUAUCAACCUCAUCAUGAUCCCAUACAUGCCGAACAAAUUACGAAACACUUGAAACACUCUUUAAAUUCUUUGAUAUUUAGAUUAUUCGGUCAUCAUGCCUCUAAAGCAGGUGCCGAGCCAUUGAGAGUCAGGUGGAUAGAAGCUUAUUUCCCAUUUACAACGCCGAGUUAUGAGGUUGAGGUGUACUGGAAUGGUCAGUGGUUGGAAUUGUUGGGUUGUGGAGUGGUCAUGCAGAAAACAUUGGAUCUAUCAGGCGUCUCAAACAAAUCCGGCUGGGCAUUCGGACUGGGUCUCGAGCGACUUUCGAUGGUCUUAUUCUCCAUACCUGACAUCCGACUAUUCUGGACUUCCGACCCACGAUUCUCAACUCAGUUUAAGCAAGGGGAAAUAUCAACUUUCCAACCUUAUAGUAAAUAUCCACCAUGUUAUAAAGAUAUGUCAUUCUGGUUACCAACUUCCGUGGAUGCCUCAGCGAAAGAGCACGGUGCAGCUGCAGCCGGUGGGAAAUUACCUCCAGGUGGACCAGGAGGAGGAGAAGGGAGAAAGAAGACUUUCCAUGAGAAUGAUUAUUGUGAGAUUGUUAGGGAUGUAGCUGGAGAUUUGAUUGAGAGUGUAACUUUGAUCGACGAGUUUACCCAUCCCAAGACCAAACGAAAGAGUAAAUGUUAUAGAUUAAAUUACCGACACAUGGAUCGAAAUUUAUCAAACGAAGAAGUCAACGAAUUACAGGAACAGGUACAAAAGAGGGUAGUUCAGGAGAUGGGUAUCGAAACGAGGUGA